UGGCCAUAAAAUUGUAGUCAAUAGCUUUUGUUUAUCGGCGGGACCCUGUUUUACUAAAACAUGUUAUAAAUUGUUAUUAUUUACAUAUUUCUUGCUAUCAGUUUGCAAAUACAACAAUAUAUGCACAAUAAGCUGGCUUAUUAUGCAAUAAAAUUAUAAAUUUAUUAAUAAAUUAAUUAAAAAUUGUUAAUUUUACGCAUUUAAAUAAUUGUGAUAUUAGUUUAAAAUUAGGAAAAAAUGUUAAAAGUUUUUAAUAAUAGUUUAUACUUGUUAACAAAAUCUACCACAACGAAAACGAAUAGACUAGUUCUACUACAACAGUGCUUGACAAAACGUGAAUUUAGUAGUGCCAACAGCAGCAGCAGCAACGUAAUGGAGAAAUUCGAUUUGCCCCAAAGAUUACAAGGCAGCACACCAAGUGUUUGGAAUGAAUACAUUGCUUUAGCCAUGCAAUACAAGCCCUUGAACUUGGGCCAAGGUUUUCCCGACGAUGCUGCUCCUGAAUAUGUGACAAAAGCUUUGGCUGACAUAGCCCAAGAUGAAAAUCCUUUAUUGCAUCAAUAUACUCGUGGUUUUGGUCACAUGCGUUUGGUACAGGCCAUCGCCACUUUAUACUCCAAAUUGUUGCAACGUGAAUUGAAUCCUUUAAAUGAGAUUCUCAUUACGUCAGGUGCCUAUGAGGCUUUAUAUUCUACCAUAAUGGGACAUGUUGAUGUGGGCGAUGAAGUUAUUAUCAUUGAGCCAUUUUUCGAUUGCUAUGAACCCAUGGUGAAAAUGGCAGGCGGUGUGGCUAGAUUUAUUCCUUUAAAACCGACCAAAACCGAAGGCACUAUUUCCUCAGCCGAUUGGAAGCUAGAUGAGAAUGAAUUGAAAAAACUCUUUAACAAUAAAACGAAAAUGAUCAUCUUAAAUACGCCACACAAUCCCAUUGGCAAAGUCUUUAAUUUGCAAGAAUUACAGCUUAUUGCCGAUUUAUGUAAAAAAUGGAAUGUACUUUGUCUCUCUGAUGAAGUAUACGAAUGGAUGGUAUUUGAAAAUAAUAAACAUAUACGUAUUUGUACAUUGCCCGGCAUGUGGGAACGUACCGUCACCAUUGGUUCGGCCGGCAAAACAUUUUCGGUAACUGGUUGGAAAACCGGUUGGGCUUAUGGACCAGCUAACUUAAUAAGAAAUCUACAAAUGGUACAUCAAAAUUCGGUGUACACUUGCCCAACCCCCUUACAGGAAGCAGUGGCUAGAGGUUUUGAACUGGAAAUGACACGUCUGGAUUCGGAUGAAUGUUUCUUUAAGAGUUUGCCACGUGAGUUGCAAGUAAAACGUGAUUUUAUGGCAAAAUUUUUGACGGAGGCGGGUAUGAAACCCACUAUACCAGAGGGUGGCUACUUUAUGUUGGCCGAUUGGACUAAUUUGGAAAAGAAAAUUGAUAUUAAUUCUGAAUCGGAUAAAUAUCGUGAUUAUAAAUUCACCAAAUGGAUGACUAAGAAUAUGGGUCUUCAGGGUAUACCACCUAGUGCCUUUUACACCGAAUCCCAUAAAAAUUUGGGUGAAAAUUACGUACGCUACUGUUUCAUUAAGAAGCAAGCUAAUUUGGAAAAGGCCUCUGAGUUAUUGGAGAAAUUAAAGAAAAACUAAUUAACUAAUUUAUAUUAAGUGUUUUUUUGAUAUUCGAUAUGUUUAAAAAAUGGUGUACAAUGUAUAAUUGUUUAAAAAAGAAUAAAAGCUAACGGUGUUUUUAAUG